AUGGCUGACCACCAGAGAAUUGCUAUCGUCUCGGUCUAUGACAAGACCGGGCUCCUGGACCUGGCCAAGGGCCUUGUACAGCAGAAUGUCCGCAUUCUGGCCUCGGGCGGCACCUCCAAGAUGAUCCGGGAAUCGGGUUUCCCUGUCGAGGACAUUUCCGCCAUUACCAAGGCCCCCGAGAUGCUUGCCGGCCGCGUCAAGACUCUCCACCCCGCCGUCCACGCCGGUAUUCUGGCUCGCAACCUUGCCUCUGACGAGAAGGACUUGGCCGAGCAGAACAUUGACAAGGUUGACUACGUCAUCUGCAACCUGUAUCCCUUCAAGGACACCGUCGCGAAGAUUAAUGUCACCGUUCCCGAGGCUGUCGAGGAGAUCGAUAUCGGCGGUGUCACUCUCAUCCGCGCGGCUGCCAAAAACCAUUCGCGCGUCACCAUCCUCAGCGACCCCAAGGACUAUGCUGAGUUUCUGAAGGAACUUGAGGCCGGCGAGAUCAAGGAGUCGAGCCGUAAGCUGUACGCGCUAAAGGCCUUUGAACACACUGCCGAUUAUGACGCUGCUAUUUCCGACUUCUUCCGUAAGCAGUACGCCGCCGAUGGCCAGCAGUAUCUCCCCCUCCGCUACGGCGCCAACCCCCACCAGAAGCCCGCUUCGGCUUACGUCAAGGAGGGCAGCAUUCCCUUCAAGGUUCUGGGCGGCUCCCCCGGUUACAUCAACCUCCUGGACGCUCUCAACAGCUGGGCCUUGGUCAAGGAGCUCAAGAAGGCCCUCGGCAAACCCGCCGCGGCCAGCUUCAAGCACGUCUCCCCGGCCGGCGCCGCCAUUGGCGAGCCCCUAGACGCCGACGAGCGCAAGGUCUACAUGGUUGAUGACAUUGCCGGUAUUGAGACUUCUGGCCUCGCCCAGGCCUAUGCUCGCGCCCGAGGUGCCGACCGCAUGAGCAGCUUCGGCGACAUGAUCGCUCUCAGCGACAUUGUCGAUGUCCCCACUGCGAGCAUCAUCUCCAAGGAGGUCUCCGAUGGUGUCAUCGCCCCUGGGUAUGAGCCCGCUGCUCUGGAGAUUCUCAAGAAGAAGAAGGGUGGUAGAUACCUGGUGCUCCAGAUGGACCCUGAGUUCGAGCCCAGCAAGACUGAGACUAGGACAGUCUACGGCGUCAACCUGACCCAGGGCCGCAACGAUGUUGAGAUCUCCCCCGAGUCCUUCAAGAACAUCAUCACUCCCAAGAAUGCCGGCCCUCUUUCCGAGAGCGCCCUGCGCGAUCUUACCGUCGCCACCAUCGCCAUCAAGUACACGCAGAGCAACUCGGUUUGCUACGCCGCCCGCGGCCAAAUCGUUGGUCUCGGUGCGGGUCAGCAGUCGCGUAUCCACUGCACCCGGUUGGCGGGUGACAAGGCCGAUAACUGGUGGCUCCGUUUCCACCCUCGUGUUCUCGGCAUCAAGUGGAAGAAGGGCACCAAGCGCCCCGAUAAGAGCAACGCCAUCGACCUGCUCGUCAGCGGCCAACUCCCUAAGAAGGGUGCGGAGCGCGAGCUUUUCGAGGCUGCCUUUGAGGAGGUCCCGGCUGCCUUCACUGAGGAGGAGAAGGACGAGUGGAUGAGCAAGCUGACAGACGUUGUCGUGUCGAGCGAUGCUUUCUUCCCCUUUACCGACAACGUCUACCGCACCGCUCGUUCCGGCGUCAAGUACAUUGCUGCCCCCGGCGGCAGCCAGAACGACCAGCCUGUCUUCGAGACAGCCGAAAAGCACGGUAUCACUUUCGUGGAGCAAGGCAUCCGGCUUUUCCACCACUAA